AUGGCAUCAACGGAAUCUAUCGAGAUCGAGGGCAUUACGACGUUCCCGGUGUCUCCGUUGUACCGCUACAUCAUCGAACUCAAAGACGACAAGUUUAGUGGCGGCUUCAGCAAAGCCGACUUUGCAUCGCCUACGAGUGCUCUCCCGUGUGCGUCAGCCGCUGACUACGUAAAAUGCCUGCAGCAAGCUUUCGACAUUGAGCUCAGUGAAAGUGGCGACGCAACGCGCGCCCUGACACAGGCGGAAGACGGCUCUAUCCGACUCAAGUUGACGAUGAUAUUUCGUCUUCUGUGCUCGACGUGGACAAUGGAGAACGUCUUCGACCUCAAGCCUGGAACCAUUGCGCGAAUCAACGCCUUGGAGACGAACGUGCGCGAGCAACGCGAGCUGCUGGAGGAACUACAAGGCGGUGAAGGCGCGGCCACGACCGAACUGAAGGCGAUCCGCAAAGAUGCGUCGUCCAACGUGUACUGGGCAAAAGUUGACUCCAAAGAUUGCAUCGUGUCGGAAGAUACUCACCGAGUUGUUAUCUACCGCACGGGUGUCUACCUGCUUGCCGGAGACACAAAAAUCGCACCAGAGAGCUACCACGAUACUGUUCGAGUGAUGAAGAAUGGAGCGCGAGUUGAAGUCUACGACUUUGAGAGGCAGGGCAGGGGAUGUUUUGCUGCGAUCAUGCGCUUGAGUGCUGGAGACAGCGUCACAGUCCAAUGUGAAUGCAAGGUUGACGACCUUAUCGAUCUGGAUUUGGUUUGCCUGAACCACCCGGAUUAG